CUGCUUUGUGCUAAGAAACGGAGAAAGAAACAAAAGGAAGAGGAUACUGUUGCAGUAUUUGAAACUUGAAAGCAAGAAAGAAAGAAGCGAAUAAUGGUUAAUUUUUGUUGAAUUAAGUGUAGAAAUUAUCCUCUCUCCUUUUUUUUUUUUUUUUUUUUGGCAAGGAAGUGACAAGUGACAACCUCGGAAGCUGGCAUUAACUUGGAUUUGUGGUAAAUAAAUAAUGUGAGAAAGUGUGAAGAUCAUUUUACUGAGAAUGGCAAUGCAGGCAGGGGAUCUCUGCCAGCAACGAAAUUCGCAUUCUUCUCCCAUUUUCUUCAAUCCGAUUUCCGAUUUUGGUUCCUUCACCGGAGGGUUGUUUCUCGACCCCAAAAUUCCCGAUUCCUUUGUUCGUUCCAUUUCCUUGAAGAUUCACGCCACUGCUUCUUCCGAUACCAAUCUUCGCCGGCAUCGGAGUAGGGUUCCGGCAGGGAUUUUUUUGUCCUUGAGCUUGCCCACUGCUAAACUCGUUGCAGAACCCAAUCUGCAAAGUGGUGAACACGUGUCCGACAAGGAGACCACCUCGAACGGCGUCGUUCAGCAAAGAAAGGUUAGGGUACGAGGAGGCAAUGCCGUCAACACCACCAAGCAUCUCUGGGCUGGUGCUAUAGCUGCUAUGGUCUCUAGAACUUGUGUUGCUCCACUUGAAAGACUUAAGUUGGAGUACAUAGUUCGUGGUGAGAAGAGGAAUAUAUUGGAGCUUAUUAGCAAAAUCGCGACCUCUCAAGGGUUGAGAGGGUUUUGGAAAGGGAACCUUGUAAAUGUUCUGCGGACAGCUCCAUUCAAAGCGGUUAAUUUUUGUGCUUACGAUACUUAUAGAAAGCAACUGCUCAGGUUUUCCGGGAAUGAGGAAACUACCAAUUUUGAGAGGUUUAUUGCUGGUGCUGCUGCUGGGAUUACUGCUACCAUUAUUUGCCUUCCACUUGACACUAUCCGGACCAAGUUGGUGGCACCUGGUGGAGAAGCUUUGGGUGGGGUAAUUGGUGCUUUCCAGUACAUGAUUCGAACUGAAGGAUUCUUUUCUCUUUACAAGGGUUUAGUACCAUCAAUUAUAAGUAUGGCUCCUUCUGGUGCAGUUUUUUAUGGUGUAUAUGAUAUACUGAAAUCAGCGUAUCUGCAUUCACCAGAAGGAAUGAAGAGAAUCCAGAAUAUGCAUAAACAGGGUCAGGAACUCAGUGCCUUUGAUCAGCUUGAGUUAGGGCCUGUAAGAACAUUGUUGUAUGGGGCUAUUGCUGGUGCAUGUGCAGAAGCUGCUACAUACCCAUUUGAAGUGGUGAGGAGGCAACUUCAAUUGCAAGUCCAGGCUACUAAAUUAAGUUCUCUAGGAACUUUGGUCAAAAUAGUUGACCAGGGAGGCAUUCCAGCUCUCUAUGCGGGACUUGUUCCCAGCUUAUUACAGGUACUUCCUUCAGCUUCAAUAAGUUACUUUGUCUAUGAGUUCAUGAAGAUUGUUCUGAAAGUGGAGUAGGCAACGAAUAGAUUCUAAGGUAUAUACUGAUAAGAAACUGUAGCAUGAUUCACGGGAGAACAGCUAAAUUAGUUACAUAAUGGUAACGUUCAACUUUAAUUGGCAAUCGUAUUUGAUGCCUGUCAUUGAGGGUGAAAGCAUUAUUCAGGUCUUGCUAUCUCGUACGACUGAUCACUAUAUCCUUACCAUGUGUAUUACCAACAGAAUUUUUGGAAUAUUCUACAGUCAAUAUACCCAGGCUUCAAGUCUGCAAAGUGAAAAUAAAUUUAUUUAGUCACUGCCAGAUAUUGACUCCUAUUCUCAUUAGGUUUAUACAAUUUUGUUAGUUUUUUAUUUUCCAUCUGGUAGUAAGUCUUGAUCAUUAUCAUUGUUGGGUGUACAAGCAAAUUCCAUUUACAUUUGGCUGUAACGUAAAACGUUGCUUAUUAAUUAUUCUGUGCAUUGCUUGCAUUACA